AUGGUUAAUGAUUUAUUAGAGAAUGGUCGACGAUCAUUAGUUGAAUACGAAGAAGAUAUUAUAUCCGAAAUUUAUACAGAUGCAAUGAAUGAAAAUGACAAUAAAUUGAUGAUCUCAUUAAAAAAAUAUUUUCAACAAAAGUGGGAAACACAAUAUGGCACAUCUAAUCAAUGGUUUAUUUCAUUUCUUAAAGAAUAUGAAAAUGGAGAAAAUCGUGAUAUAUAUGAACGUGUUUUAAAUCGUACAGCUGAAUAUGGUAAUAGAUUUAUGAAACAUUGUCCGAUUUUAUCAAUUGUCGUGCAACUUUUAUUUGAAAGUAUUGAUGAUCAAUGCUUAACUGAAGCAAAUAUCUUCGAUGAUCAAUAUUUAGAGGAAGCAAGUGUUUUCAAUAACCAAUGCAUGGAAGAAACAAAUGUCUGCGACGAAUUAUGGUUUUCAAUCACAAAUGAUGGUUUGCAAUCAAUAACAAAAUAUUCUGAAUAUAUCGUUGAAGAUGUAAUGAAUCAACAAUUAAAUAGAAGUCAGCCAAUACUAUUUCAGGCACUACGCGAAUAUUAUCGAUCUCAACUAUUCUCAUUGUUGAAAAAGCAUAAUAUUUCGACUAGACAAAAUUUGUAUAACUUGGCACUAGAUAAUGUUGCUGAAUACGGUUGGUUAACGGGUCUGCAAGCGAUUCAGAGGAAGAUAACGCCGAGAUCUUACCAAACCGUAUUAGAAAACUUGGAUUCUAUCCUGCAACAACGGAAGGCACAAAGAAGGAAAAUGCAAGAGCAGCAAGCACGGAAAAAUAAAACUCACGAUCAGCAAGCACAAAACAGCGCAACAUCGUAUUGGCAAGAGGAUAAUACAACAUUAAAAAGUAAAUAG